CUACUAGCCGUUGCUAGAGUCGGACCGAUUCAAGCAGUGAACGGUCCGUCCCUCUAAAUCUUCCGUCUAAAGAUGGCGGAGUAUGCAAACCUCGUCCGAAGGGCUUUGGGGCAAAUAGGAGGUCAUGGAGGCGUUCGGGGUUUUUUUCUUCAGCUGUUCAGAGUGAACGACGUGAAGACAGGAGCUCUGGUUGGUGUGGAUAAAUAUGGGAACAAAUACUACGAAGACAAGAAGAACUACUUCUUUGGACGACACCGCUGGGUAAUCUACACCACAGAGAUGAAUGGGAAGAAGACGCUUUGGGAGGUGGACGGAAGCAUGGUGCCAGCUGAAUGGCAUCGCUGGCUGCACUGUAUGACAGAUGACCCCCCUACUACACACCCUCCAGAGCCCAAGAAGUUUUUGGCUGAAGUCCACCAGUUCAACAUGAGCGGCACACCCCAGCAGUACGUGCCCUACUCGACCACCCGAAAGAAGAUUCACGAGUGGGUUCCACCCAAAGCUGGAGCUCAGUGAACUUUGAAAACUUAAGUGCUCUAAAUUAUGGUUUCCUGUCUCUAUAUCCCACCUGAAUAAAAUCUCUUUAUAGAAUUAA